UGAACUUAGAGCGAUAAUGCGUAUAAAGUAAUGUUCAAGAUUUAUAUUGUAAGUGAUAAAUAUAUUAUUUCAACCAUGAUUCACAGUACGCAGAUGUUUACAUUCUUUGAAAUUUUAUGCUUACUAUUUCUAACCGGAGUUGUUUCUUCAACUGAUGAGAAUUUAUCUCAAGUACCGCAGUGUUACCACCCAAUAGAAUAUCGUAUAAAUGUUUCUGCAAACGUACAAAACAAUUCUCUCACUGUUGAUUCUCGUGUCAAACUGAACGUUUCAUGUGUACUGCAAGAUAUACGAUUAUAUUUCGGACGUUACAUGACCGAUUUCUACUAUGGUACGGUCGAUAAUGUCUUUAAUGAUACUUCACUGCAAUGGAUAGUAUAUGUGCUAUUUUCUGAAACAAGUAAUUCAUUCGUUAACAUUAUUCGUAUAAAACAAUAUCAAAAACCCCUAGCAACAAAUGUACAAAUAAUAAGUAUACUACCUGGAAUAUACUGGAUCAAUGUGAGGUAUAACUGGAUUUUAGACAAAAGUGCAAUGAUCUUUGAAAAAGAAACAAAAGACAAAUAUUUGAUUUUGCCGCGUAUACCCGCUGACUGGAUAUUUCCGUAUUGGACAAAUCCCACAACCAAGGCUAAAUUUACAAUUCAAAUUAGACAUGAUCACGAUCAAACAGUUCUAUCACAUAUGCCUUUUGAAAACAUAGUGCAAAACGAUCAACUUUAUUCUUUAUUUCAUAUGACACCUAAAAUAUCCACUCAUUUGGUAGCAACAGCAAUCGUACCUUCAGAGUGUACUAAACAUGUCCACGUGUUAAAUACAUGUACUAUACAAAGCAGAUUCCAAGUGAAAAACGACAUUUUGUACGCAGUAUUUCUUAUAAACAAUAUUGUAACAUUCAUUAGAAACAAGAUAGAAAAUAGCACAUCAGUUUCAUACGUGCAGUAUGUAGUACUUCCAAUAAACUCCAACAAUUACGAAACUAUAGUAACUACUGCACUUGUACUCUUCAGAGAGGUUAGUAUUGCAUACAAUAGAGAGGUAAAUUCGAUUAUAAAAAAAAAAGAAGUAGCACUUUUGGUUGUGCGCAGUGUGAUGCAAGAAAUGUUCAGUGAAUGGUUACUUACAUUAAAAACCUCUGAUUCUUGGUUUAUAGAAGGGUUUUUGUCAUUUUACGGAGUUUAUUUAAACGAUCAGAUUGCUACUGAGACUUUACUGAAGUCGAUUGUAAUCCAGACACGACGAGAAGUUUUUGAAUAUACGCAAGCGUGUAUUGAAUAUGAUAUACAAAUAGAAGAUAAUGUAUUUCUUUACAAUAAAACGUUUAGUAAAAUGUGGAAAGGAAAAGCUUUCAAUAUAUUUUCUAUGAUGAAUACUUUGUUCCAUAACAAAACUGUUUUAUACAACUCUAUUUUUAAGGAAGCAAUGAAAUUAUAUUCUACCAAGUUAUAGACUGUGUAACAGUCACUAAAAAGGAACUGUGUCAACACAAGUGGUGGAUACCUGUAACUUACGUAACAAUAUCAAGA